AUGGCGCGAACCCGUGAUGGUCUCCUGUCAGAGAAGCGCUACGACGACGACGCCGCGACCCUGGUCCCUUCAGAUGAGGGCUCCGAAGAUGAGAGCGAUGGAAGUGCAGGGGGUGCCGACACUGUCCAAGAUGGCGAUCGAGAUAUCCUAGACGAGACAGAAGAGCAUGAGAAUCUCCUGCGCAAGCCAGGUAAACUCGACGCUGUUCGGGAACUCGCUGGCAUACGUGGCAGUAAACAAAACGGGGCCAGAAAGACUGGGCGUCGCAAAGAUAGACUGAAAUCAUAUGGGAGACGCGCCAAAGGGGAGUCGGAUACAAUGUUCGAGAUGGAAGGUGGUUUCAAAGACACAAGUUCGCAAUCAUCCACAGAUUCCGAGAUCGAGGGGACCAAAUGGGAUAGACGAGCGCCUGCGAAGUCGCAUCGGGGACGCCUUACACUGUUGUUGCUCGCCAUCAUCGCCCUGUUCGUUUCUCUCGUCUUCGGGGCGUACAAGGCUUCACACAAACAUACUCUUGCUCCAACAGUCCAUCGGCUGACCCGAUUGUCCAAUGGAACGCACACUUUUCGCCCAACGACAAUACUCAUAUCACUGGAUGGCUUCCGAGCCGACUUCCUCAAUCGUGGCCUCACCCCUGCUCUCAAUGCCUUCGUCGCAAGCGGUGUAUCGCCAAAGUACAUGCUUCCAUCCUUUCCCUCAGUCACCUUCCCCAACCACUUUACGCUUGUGACAGGGCUGUAUCCCGAGAGUCAUGGCAUUGUCAGCAACCAGUUCUGGGAUCCUGACUUUCAAGAAGAAUUCUACUACACAAAUGUCGGUGUUUCAAUGCAGCCUAAGUGGUGGACCGCGGAGCCAAUAUGGGUGACGGCAGAACACCACGGUGUACGAUCAGCAAUCCACAUGUGGCCUGGCUCCGAGGCUCAUAUUCCGGAUGUCGAGCCUACUUAUCUUGACAAGUACAAUGGAUCGGAGGAUCUCACUCGUAAAGUCGACAGGAUGCUACACUGGCUCGAUUUGCCAGGUGACGAUGAUGGCGGCGACGACGUAACUGAGAAACGACCACAAUUGAUCGCAGCGUACGUACCCAACGUCGACGCAGACGGGCACAAGUACGGACCCAACAGCACCGAGAUCAGAGCAACAAUAGCCGACGUUGACAGCAUGUUUGUCAGUCUUGUGGAGGGUCUCUAUGCGCGAAACCUGUCUGAGAUUGUCAACCUGGUUGUUGUAUCAGAUCAUGGCAUGGCCACGACCUCGAAUGAUCGUCUUGUGCAGCUUGACGAUUUGAUGGAUAUGUCCUUGGUGGAUCACAUCGAUGGAUGGCCUCUACGUGGCCUGCGACUGAAGAACCCAGAUCGCGAUGUUCCGAUUUUGUAUGAGCAACUCUCUAAGGAAGCCGCAAAGGCGGGGUCGUUCGACGUGUACACCCUGGAGACGAUGCCUGAACGUUACCACUUUUCCAACAACGACAGGAUAGCACCUCUCUGGAUAGUUCCGAAGACAGGAUGGGCCAUCGUGGAAAAGUCCGGUUUCGAUGUCGCCGAGGCACAAAAGACGGGUCAAGAAUAUCAGCCGAAAGGUCUGCAUGGGUAUGAUCACGAGCAUCCUCUCAUGCGAGCUAUUUUUGUGGCCAGAGGUCCCGCAUUCCCGCACAAGCCAAACAGUCGGCUGGCACCGUUCCAGAAUACCGAGGUGUACAACAUCGUGUGCGACUCUUUAGGCAUUGAGCCUCAUCCCAACAACGGAACUUUACGAUUACCGUUAAAGCCGGAGGGCCUACAUAGCGAUGCCGAUGCCCCAGUCGUUGAUAUACCCGCAGAUCCAAUCGACCAAGGCGAGAACGUCGCUGAUCCAGAACCCGAAAAGCCUCAAGAUAGUCCUCCUCAAGAACAUGAAGAGGAUCCGGUCGAUGCCACAGAUCCGGUCGGUGGAACGGAUCCCGAGCAAUCUGAUGAUCCUUCCGAUGAUGGCGGUGGCGCCGACGAUGCAAAGAGCAAAUGGUGGAAGUUUCUCCACGAAGGACUUCAGAAAGCCAAAGACUGGGCCAAGCAAUUUGUCGAGUCAAUCAGGGGCAACAAGAAAGGCGAAGGUGAUCCUCCUGUGUGA